AUUUAUUUAUUUUUUAACCGGCUACUUAUUCAAAAAUUAUGAUAAUUAAUUUUUAUAAUAAAAAUUAUAUAAAAAAACCCUCAGAAUAUCUUGUUUUCUCAUUGAACUUGUUUUUCAAUUCAUAUACUCUAUUCUUUUCUCAUAAACGCUUUAAUUUUACCUCUAGCCAUUCAAGACCAUGUUUAAGCAAUAUAUUUAUUCCAAAUACUGUUUCUUAUCAGAAUCCUCAAAAAAUAGAUAAAAGUGGACAUGAUCUCUUAAUUAAGGCGGGAUUUCUGCGUCAAUCAUCAUCAGGAAUAUAUACAGUUUUGCCACUGGCAUUAAGAGUUCAAGAAAAGAUAGAAAAUAUUAUUGAUACAUCAUUAUAUAAAAUCAAUGCAUCUAAGAUAUGCCUACCAAAUCUUUUGACGUCUUAUUUGUGGAAAAAAUCAAGAAGAUGGGAUUUAUUAGGGAAUGAACUUUUUAAACUGAAAAAUAGAAGGGGAAUAGAGUACUGCCUUUCCCCUACACAUGAAGAAGAAAUAACGAGUUUAAUUUCAGCAGAAAUAUCAAGUUGGAGACAAUUGCCUUUAAAAUUAUAUCAAACAGGGAAGAAGUUUAGAGAUGAAAUGAGACCCAGGAGAGGGUUGUUGAGGGGUUGUGAAUUUAUUAUGAAUGAUUUAUAUACAUUUGAUAAGUCUAAAGAAGAUGCUUUACAGACUUAUAAAUUAAUAUGUGAUACAUAUAAGGAGAUUUUUUCUAAGCUUGAAUUGCCAAUAGUUAUGGCAGAGGCAAAUAAUGGUAAUAUUGGAGGAGAUCUUUCUCAUGAAUUUCAUGUUAUAUUUUCAUGCGGUGAAGAUACUCUUAUUAUGUGUAAAUCAUGUGGAUAUGUUUCAAAUGAAGAAUAUGCACAUGUUAAAUCAAAAUCUAGAAUUCCAUUUAGAUUAGGGGAUUGUAAUUGUUUCUAUAUCAAGGAUAUGAACAACAUUAUUAUGGGGAUUGCAUAUGUGCCAAUUGAUAGGGAAAUUAAUCUAUUACUUCUGAAUAAAAUUAUGAAGAAUAUAAAUUCAGAAACAUUUACUAUAAUACCAGAAAGUGAUACAGGAAAUGAAGCUAAAAAUCAUUACAGAAAUGAAAUUAUUCAUAUUCUUGAUGAGAAUUUUAAUCCUAGCUCUUUUACAUAUUCAAAUCAUUUAAAAUGUUUUCAAAAUAGAUUGAUAACAGCUUCUAUUACUAAAUCAAAAGAAAAUGAUUUGUGCUGCAGAUGUUCUAACCCUUUGAUAUUUGAAAAAAGUAUAGAAUUAGCACAUACAUUUUAUCUUGGCACAAAAUAUUCAACAGCUUUAUCAGCAACAUUUACAUCUGAAAAAGAUAAUAAUAUUUUGCCAAUUGAAAUGGGCUGUUAUGGAAUAGGGAUUUCAAGAAUAUUAUCUUCUAUAGCAGAAAUAAAUAAAGAUGACAAAGGGUUAAUUUGGCCAAUAACCAUUGCACCCUGGAAGGCUGUAAUUAUAUCAACAUCUGAUUUAGAUCAUAUGUUAUAUAAAGUAUAUGACAUGAUUUUUUGUUAUUUUGAAAAGGAUUCUAUUAUUAUAGAUAAUAGAAAAAAUAAAGGUUUUAUAUGGAAAAUGAAAGAUUCUGAUUUAAUAGGAUUUCCAUAUACUAUAAUUAUAGGAAAACAUUGGAAAGAAACAGGAGAACUUGAGGUUCAGAUAAGGAAAACAGGAGAAAAAAUAUAUGUGAAACCUGAAAAUAUUAAAAAUAUCAUAUAAUAAUUUAUAAUUUUUCUUAGUACAAGUGCAAUAAUUUUAUUAUCU